AUGUCCAGCCCCAUGUCCAGCCCCAGUGCAGCCCCAGUGCAGCCCCAGUGCAGCCCCAUGUCCAGCCCCAUGUCCAGCCCCAUGUCCAGCCCCAUGUCCAGCCCCAGUGCAGCCCCAGUGCAGCCCCAGUGCAGCCCCAGUGCAGCCCCAUGUCCAGCCCCAUGUCCAGCCCCAUGUCCAGCCCCAUGUCCAGCCCCAUGUCCAGCUCCAUGUCCAGCCCCAUGUCCAGCCCCAUGUCCAGCCCCAUGUCCAGCCCCAGUGCAGCCCCAUGUCCAGCCCCAUGUCCAGCCCCAUGUCCAGCCCCAUGUCCAGCCCCAUGUCCAGCCCCAUGUCCAGCCUCAUGUCCAGCCCCAUGUGUCCAGCCCCAUGUCCAGCCCCAUGUCCAGCUCCAUGUCCAGCCCCAUGUCCAGCCCCAUGUCCAGCCCCAUGUCCAGCCUCAUGUCCAGCCCCAUGUCCAGCCCCAUGUCCAGCCCCAUGUCCAGCCCCAUGUGUCCAGCCCCAGUGCUGCCCCAUGUCCAGCCCCAUGUGUCCAGCCCCAUGUCCAGCCCCAUGUCCAGCCCCAUGUCCAGCCCCAUGUCCAGCCCCAUGUCCAGCCCCAUGUCCAGCCCCAUGUCCAGCCUCAUGUCCAGCUCCGUGUCCAGCCCCGUGUCCAGCCCCAUGUCCAGCCCCAUGUGUCCAGCCUCAUGUCCAGCCCCAUGUCCAGCCCCAUGUCCAGCCCCAUGUGUCCAGCCCCAUGUCCAGCCUCAUGUCCAGCCCCAUGUCCAGCCCCAUGUCCAGCCCCAUGUCCAGCCCCAUGUGUCCAGCCCCAUGUCCAGCCCCAUGUGUCCAGCCCCAUGUGUCCAGCCCCAUGUCCAGUCCCCCAUGUCCAGCCCCAUGUCCAGCCCCAUGUCCAGCCUCAUGUCCAGCCCCAUGUGUCCAGCCCCAUGUCCAGCCCCAUGUGUCCAGCCUCAUGUCCAGCCCCAUGUCCAGCCCCAUGUCCAGCCCCAUGUGUCCAGCCCCAUGUCCAGCCCCAUGUGUCCAGCCCCAUGUGUCCAGCCCCAUGUCCAGCCCCAUGUCCAGCCCCAUGUCCAGCCCCAGUGCAGCCCCAUGUCCAGCCCCAGUGCAGCCCCAUGUCCAGCCCCAUGUCCAGCCCCAUGUCCAGCCCCAUGUGUCCAGCCCCAUGUCCAGCCCCAUGUCCAGCCCCAUGUGUCCAGCCCCAUGUCCAGCCCCAUGUGUCCAGCCUCAUCCCCAUGUGUCCAGCCCCAUGUCCAGCCCCAUGUGUCCAGCCCCAUGUCCAGCCCCAUGUCCAGCCCCAUGUGUCCAGCGCAGCUCAGUUGUAAAAACAGCUCCUGA